UAAAAAAAAGGAUAGUCAUGCGAAGUCUGCUGCUAAACGCUUCUCAGCUGCUGAAGCUAAACCGAUCCUCCUCAAUUUUCCCAUCCCCCACACUCUUCACCUGUCGCGGCUCCCACUCCCCCGGAAAUUGUACUGCCAAUACUAAUAUUAGUCUCUGCAAUUUAAUUUUCUGUACAACUUCCUCCAAUCGAACGACCCCGUUUCGCACAUUUUCAGUCAUGGCUUCCGGCAGCGACGAGUUUGUUAAAGGCACUAUCCAUCCAAACGGCGUCGCCGUCAUCACUCUCGAUCGUUCUAAAGCCCUCAACGCCAUGAACCUAGAUAUGGAUAUCAAGUAUAAAAGCUAUUUGGAUGAAUGGGAAGACGACCCAAAGGUUAAAUGUGUAUUGGUGGAGAGCAGCUCUCCUCGUGCUUUUUCAGCAGGAAUGGAUAUUAAAGGGGUUGUUGCAGAAAUCCGAAAGGACAAAAGUGGUGAUGUCAAGCAGAUUUCAACCAAAAACCAACUGUCAGAUAUGAUUGAGGUAUUCACUGCUGAAUAUUCUCUAAUUUGCAAAAUCUUUGCCUACAAAAAGCCUUACAUGUGCUUCAUGGAUGGGAUAACAAUGGGGUUUGGCAUAGGCCUAUCUGGUCAUGGUCGAUAUAGGCUCAUCACUGAGAGGACUGUUCUUUCUAUGCCAGAAAAUGGAAUUGGGUUGUUUCCAGAUGUUGGCUUUUCUUACAUAGCUGCACAAAGUCCUGGAGAAGGAGCUGUUGGUGCUUAUCUUGGGCUGACAGGGAGUAGGAUAUCAACUCCUGCUGAUGCCCUUUAUGUGGGCCUUGGGACCCACUAUGUGCACUCUGGAAAGUUGGGUUCCCUGAGCGAGGCUUUAUUGGAAACCUCCUUCUCUGAGGAUCCACAUGAAGAUAUCAGAGUAUUAUUGGCAAAAUACAGCAGCAAUCCUGAAUCAGAACCCCAUCUAAAGUUGCUUUUACCACGAAUAAUAUCAACUUUCAGUGGUAGCAAUUCUGUUCAGGAGAUUAUGGGAGAGCUGGAGAAGCAUCAAGAGAGUGCUGAUACUUUAGUGGCUGAAUGGGCCAAGGAUGCUCUGCAAGGACUCAGGAAGGGUGCCCCCUUUUCUCUUUGUCUAACGAAGAAAUAUUUCUCUAGAGUUGCAACUGCUCGUCAAAAGAAUGAGAAUGAUUUAUCCACGCUGCCCAGUGUAAUGAAAACCGAGUAUAGGAUUGCUGUAAGGUCCUCUCUUCGAAAUGAUUUUGCUGAAGGUGUUCGUGCAGUCUUAGUGGAUAAGGAUCAGAAUCCGAGGUGGAAUCCUUCAAGUUUGCAGGAAGUCAACACUACCGAGGUGGAAGCGCUUUUUGAACCCCUAAGCCAGGAGAUUGGAGAGUUGAGCGUCUGAGAUGUCACUAGAAUUUAUAGAGAACAAAAAUUGCACUAGUUGAUAUCUUCCAUGUGAUUUAUCAUAAUCCGUGACUCUACCAGUGAGCAGAACGGAAAAUAUGCGCGUCUUUUCAUGGUUGGUUUAAUGACAUGAAAUCUAUUAGUAUCUUCAUUCCGAUGCUUUCUGUUAUCACCAGGAUUAUUAGUACGCAUCAUGGUGUAAUAACAAGAUUCCUUAAUUUCCAAA